AUGAAAUUCCCUUCAAUCAACAGAAACUCCCCCGCUGGCUCUUAUGUCCCGCCUAAAGCAUUCCCUAUUGGUCCAUUCCACAAAUACCCCCAUAACCCUAUUCUUGUGCCCGACCCUAAUAUAGAUUUUGAAAGCGGUUAUCUCUAUAAUGCUGCAGCUAUUGUCGUGGAUAAGUACGUAUUCCUUCUCUAUAGAGCUCAAGAUAAGGUGCACCGUACUUCUACCAUUGGCUUGGCCUGGAGUGACGAUGGGUUUAACUUUACUAAACUCACUUACCCCAUAAUUACCCCCACAGAAAAAUGGGAACUUGGUGGAGGAUGUGAAGACCCUAGAAUCGUCCGUCAUCCGGUUCUGGGCCAAUUUAUAGUCACUUACACUUCUUAUGACAGAUAUGUUGCCAGAUUGUGUGUAGCAGUACUGGACGACUUGCUUCAUUGGACAAAGUACCCCAGUCUUGUGCCUGAUUCGUGGAUUGAAGUGAGUAACGAUAGGAAUGGACAACCUAAAAUAAGACAUCUGUGGUCUAAACUGGGAGCAAUCUUCACUGAAAGAAAUCCUGUUGAUGGUAAAUAUUAUAUGAUUUGGGGUGAUGCUUCUUUGCAUCUAGCACAUUCUGAUGAUUGUAUUCAUUGGCUGCUUCCUGGUGGGGAUUCGAACUCGAACACUUUCACCAGUGGAAUUUUAACUCAUGAAGAUUACCUCGUUGAAAGUGGCCCCCCACCAAUCAAAUUAGAUAACGGGAAGAACCAAUGGGUAUUCUUCUAUAAUGCCAGUACUGCUGGAAAGGGAAGGUUACCCAAGGGAACGUAUUCUGUGAGUCAAAUGUUGGUUGAUUAUGAUAUCAUUAAACUGGGUCCUGUUGCUCGGUUAGAACAACCUUUUUUGAUCCCUGAAGCCUCUAACGAAAUCACUGGACAAGUUAAUAAAGUUGUAUUCUGUGAAGGGUUGGUUCAAUUUAAAGAUAAAUGGUUACUUUAUUUUGGUCAAGGUGAUUCCCAUUUAGGUGUAGCAAUUGCAAAUAUAAAAUAA